AUGAAGCUCAUCAACAAGUAUAUAGACAAGCAUGGCGCAGGACAUGUUACGCUGCGUCCAGAGGAUGACGAAGACAUGUGGCAUUUGUACAAUCUAAUACAAGAGCAGGAUUUUGUGAGGGCUACUGCCAUACGACGAGUACAAAAAAUAUCCACAACUGGAUCCAUUGAUUCGCAACGCGUUCGCGUGAACCUAACAUUACAAGUUAGCCGUGUCGACUUUUCAUCCUCUGCAGCCCCAUCAGCAAGCGAGGGCUCUGCAUCUACGGGCAUCUCCUCUGCUAAUACCAAUACUGCCGCUCUCCAUAUAUCUGGUCGAGUUAUCUCUGAGAAUCAAUACGUCAAAUUGGGAGCAUUUCAUACACUCGACAUUGAAGCAAAUCGUGAUGUAAGGAUAGAGAAGGUGGAUGGGUGGGAUAGCAUUGCGCUAGCGCGUGUGGAGGAGUCCAUCGUUCCCGGAAGAGGUGCUGAAGUCGGUGCUGUUGUGUGUGGUGAAGGCACCGCUGCAUUCUGCCUCCUUUCAGAACAUAUGACAUUGGUCACACAACGAAUCUCGGUUUCCAUUCCGCGGAAGGCGGCAUCAUCGGGCGCGUCACAGCACGAGAAGGCCUUGGAGAAAUUCUAUGGCUCAAUAUAUGACUCGUUCAUCCGGCAUAUACCCUACUCGAAUGUCGGUCUCAAGGCUAUUGUUAUUGCCAGUCCUGGCUGGGUCCGCGAUUCUGUAUUCACAUAUAUGGUGGAUGAAGCUGGGAAAAGAGGAGACAAGAUCCUUUUGAAGGCUCUAAGAGAGAAGACAGUCAGAGUACAUGUGAGCAGCCCGCAUGUGCAUAGUCUUGUGGAGGUCUUGAAGAGUCCUGAGAUCGUUUCACAGCUAAAGGAAACAAAAUUUGCUCGUGAAGGCAUCGUAUUAGACAAAUUCUUCAAGAUGCUAGGCUCGGACGAAAUGCGCGCUUGGUACGGGAGCGAUCAUGUCUCUUUAGCUGCGGAUCGUGGCGCUAUCGGGACGCUGAUGAUUUCUGACGAACUUUUCCGGGCAAACAAUCCCGAGACAAGAAAGAAAUAUGUUGCCCUAGUUGAAGCUGUCCAACAAAAGGGUGGUGAAGUGGUCAUAUUUUCGAGUAUGCAUGAGUCAGGACAGCAGCUGAAUCAAUUAACGGGAAUCGCCGCCAUCCUUACAUUUCCACUGGAUAUUGAAGUCGUUGAAGCUGAAGAGAAGGAGCAAGAGGCAGAAGAGCGUACGUCAUGA